ACAGCAUGAGGAUUGAGGACAGCUCCUAUGAGGCAUGUAGGACCUUUUCUGUGAAUACGUAUGAUGAGGACCCUCUCCUAACAGGUCUUAUGUGUUGAAUGUAGUUGAUAUAAAUGGUCAUGUGUGUGGUUUGGGGAUUGUGUAUGACAUUGUCGGGGCUUUCUUUGGUGGAGAGUUCUUUCCCACACCUGUUUCCACUGAUUUUGAAGGAGGCCGAUUGUUAAAGAAACAAAUGAAAAUGACAGUCCCCAGCAGCCCGUGUCUGCGCUUGAUGUCAAUUGUCUGCUGAGUGGGGUGGGGCUCUCAUCUCCUGUCUGGGCUUCAUACAGUGCAAGUCCCAAAGGCAUGAGGACCAACUUUUACUCAGGGUCCACCUUACCCCGUGGUACAGCCAGGUAGAGUCUACCUGAGGGUUGGGAGUUAGACAGAAAUUAGCAGGUAUAAUAUGUUCCAACUGGUGGACACAACCUAUGGUCAGAAGAUUGCACACCUGUAUAUUAUCAAGCCAGGUUACAACAGAUCUUGUUAGCCGAGUUGUGGGGAUGAUACUGAUAACUGACAAUGAACUGUGAAGAUUUCAAGAUCUUUAAAAGACUGAUCAGCAAAGUUAGCGCAUCAGCUGGGCUGGAACAAGAUCUAUCAAUUAGUUCGCUCAAAGAAGCACAUCAUUACCCCAUUUUAUGAGUAGAUCCCAAUUCUCCACUUCAAAAUCUCAGACUUCAACAAUUCAUGCAAUUACCACCAUUCUGUUUUGUUUCAAAAAAGACUUCACUGCCUUGAACAUAUAAGAUUUUCUUGAUUAUACCUCAGAAACGGAUUUGUUUAUUUGUGAGACAUUGUGUUCAGUGGAAGGAUAAUGAGUUUUUGUUGGAGAAUGUAGACAAUGGCGGAAAAUGCGAAAAUGAAGGACACCUUUCGUAGUGUGUGUUUCCAUUCACUGGAACCUUCCAAACCCGCUACAAUCACAGACUCGGACAGACAAAAGAAACUCUUACAGAGGAUUGAAGAGAAUCGGAUCCGAACUCAAAACGCAAUCAAAAACUGCAGAGAAAAUGACUCUGUGAUGAAGAAUGAUCAAACUAAAUCUAGUCCUGGAGGAUCAAGAAAAUCAGUUUCUCUGUCAAGUAAAAAGAUUAGUGAGCCAGAGGCCAGUCCCAAAGAAAGAGGAAGAAGUAGAUCUAAGGAAAGGUCAUCUGAGGAUUCCAGUAGGUCAAGGUCACAGCAUAGUGAUGACCCUGAAGGUUGUCAUGUGAACCACUGUAUCAAUGGAAGGUCAGAUGUGCCUCUCUCUGGAUCAAGUGUUUUGCUAAGUCCAGACACUGCUGAGUCUUUAGAUAGUACAAAGACAAAAGGAGUGGCCACAGAGCAGAAAGAGCAAUCAAGGAGAAAGUCAUCUCGGUCCAGAGACAGGCUGAGUGUGAAUGACCUCUCAGUCAGACCCCAGGCAGCUCCCAGAAUGUCACGGAGUGUGUCGGAUCCAGGAGGGGGUCAAGACAGCUACACAGGGGUGAUCCGGAGUGUCUCCCAGGGGUCAGAGGGUCACGAGACAGAGGAGUGGAGGGCGGAGCUGAGUAGCCUACAGGAAAAGUUGAGGAAAUGUUCAGAUUUCACAGAGAGAAGAAACAUCAGAGAUAAAAUUCGGAAACUGCGAGAAAAGAAACAGGAGCUGAACGUUGCAGAGAUGGGUCGGUGCUCUCCCCCUCAGUGUGGGCGUGGCAGUGACAUGACAGAGAAGCUCCGAGAACUAGACUCGAUCCAGGACAUCCCAGAACUCAGAAAACUGCUGAGUGAGACCAACGAUUACGAUGAGAAGAAACAAAUUCGCCUCGCCCUUCGUCAGCUUCGACAACGAGACAAAGACAGAGAAAACCAUCGAGACGUAGGGCAGUUAGACCAGAGGCGGAGAAGUUUGGGGUCACAGGUCACCGCGGUAGUUCGGGAAAGCGGAGACACUCCCAAUCCAAAACACAAGAGACGCUCAUUCUGUGAGAGGAUAAGUGAGAAUAAGGUGUACGAUAGAAUCAGUGACAAGAAGAAGGAUUCGUUGGUAGAGAACGAAUCUCAAACACAAAGUGUGAUUUCACCUGUCAGGGGACACAACUUGCACACAAAUCAUACAUUGACAGACAAAAAUAAGAUACAGUGUAAAAAGAAGAGUUCUGAGGACGUUCUUGUGGACCAUAAGCCCCCCAUCAUCCCACACAGAAGAGACUCAGCUCAUAAUUCUCAGGACUCCAAAAGUGCUUCAUCUUCCAAAAACGAUGCAUGUAUUAAUCAAAAUGCAAAAGAAUCGAAAGUGAGUUUACAGCGCAGUAAUAGUCGCAGCAAUAGUGUGGUAGACGGAAUUCACGAAAACUCGCCGCUAGAGUGGCUCGAGAAAAAGAAGCGGUCAAGUUCCCUCCCGACGUCUGACCGAUCUCAACUGAGUACACUCGACAUGGAGGCAGCCUUCACCGAGCUUCUGAGUGCAGUGGACGAUGACCUUGACCCCUUGUCUGAUACUGAGGAGCGGGUCAAGUCUACUGAGGAGAGCAUCGAGGAGGAAGUCACGGACAGGACCAUGCUGAGGGUGAACUGUACCCCACAGGCAGAGGAAGCACCAGUCGUCCAGCCCACAGGGUCUACCAUCUCUGUACUGGAGGGAGACGACGGGUCAGUGACUGUCCAAAGUGUGACCCAGAGGGAUGACGGAGAUCGGACGGUGACCGAGAAAACUCGACUUCGGCGGACAGAGAGCCGAUCACAGGAGGAGGAGAAGGACACAGUGAUUGAGAGCAAGAUCACAUCUCCAGGAGGGUCCGACAAUUAUGUCAAGGACGUCAUAAAAACCCGCAGAAAGGUGACCUCCAGGGGCUCAGACUACUUCACAAGGUCAGCUUAUAACAUUCGCAAAAGGACUGAUUUUGAGGGGGAAGAAAUAGAGGAAAGAGACUUUACAGUCGAGAGUGAAAAUUUUUCUGCUACCAAAGGGGAAACCUGGGGGGAUAAAGCAGAGGCUAAAGUUCAACUGACAAGGUCAAAGCAAUUAAAAGAUGAGGAAUCAAAGAGACACAUUUUAAGUACUGUUAAAGAGUUGGGGCCUGAUGCUACAGAAAGAGCUCCCUCUCCUGCGGGGAAGCAGUUGGAAGUAGAUCUGAAGCACAGUGCUCCUAAUCGCAUGGACAUUUCCAAGGCCAGUAGUGGGUAUGGGACUGGGUCGGACGAGGAAGAGAAAGACGAGCUCGCUCACAUCUUCCACGGGAAGCCUGCAGGCUGUCCCGAGAUUAAGUCAGUGAUGCGAGAUGUCUCGGCAUCAGAAGGGAAGAACAUAACUUUGGAGUGCUGCGUCUCUUGCUCCCCACCCCCCUCAGUCUCCUGGUUCGUGGGGAACAAGAUUGUCUUGGUAGGGACCACUUUUGACCCGAUGACUGGGAAAGCUAGCCUGACCCUCCCCAAUGUGAGACGGGACCAGAUGGGGGAGUACCGGUGUAUCUUCAGUAACUCCCUGGGGGAGGCUCAGACCAAGGCCAAGCUCACAGUCUCAAGUGUCAGCAAUAGAGCCCCACGGUUCCUGACCGGUCUGGUGGACAUGCUUGUCACAGAAGGUCAUGCGGUAGCCCUCGAAUGUCAGGUGUCUGACGCCACACAUGUGUCGUGGUACAAAGACGGCAUCAUACAAAGGAACUCGGCCGACUUCCGACAAACUUUCGACGGAGACAGAGCAAAGCUAGAGAUAGGAGAAAUUUUCCUGGAUGACCAUGGGGAGUAUUCUUGUGUGGCCAAAAAUGACAAAGGGGAAACCAAGACCUCUUGUAGAAUCAAGGUCAAAGAGAACGAUGGGGAGGGGGAGGUGGCCCCCCAGUUCCUGAGUCGGCCCGAGAGCAACAUCUACGGCUUCGGAGACCUGAUCCUCCUGGAAUGCGAUGUGAUUGGUUCCCCCACCCCCACCAUCACCUGGUACCGAGAUGGCACCGCACUCUCACCUAAUACUCGCACCAAGUCGCUCUACGACGGACGGGUGGCACUCUUAAAGAUUUCAAAAUCUGCGACGGAGGACAGCGGAAAAUAUGAAGUAGUCGCACAGAACUGCUGCGGGAAAAUUUCGGUGGACUGCCUUGUGGUUGUUAAAGCCAAGGAAGGUCCUCCGGCCAUUCUGCAGGCCCUGAGUGACACAGUGGCUACCUGUGGUAGGGCCCUGACUCUCCAAUGUCAGAUCAAGGGCAGCCCUGCUCCCAUGAUCCUGUGGAGGAAGGAUGGUAAGAUGAUCGGGAACACCAAGGACUUCAAACAGACCUACCAGAACAACAUCGCUCUGCUGGCCAUACAGGAAAUCAUGGAACAAGAUGGCGGCUGCUACGAAUGUGUCGCCAGGAACUCUUUUGGGGCUGUGUCCUCUAGUUGUUCCAUUACAGUACAGAAAGGAGAGGAGAGCAAGAAGGAGACUGCUGGCUAUGUCAGUAAGAAAACUGAUUGGCUGGUAGGGCGGGGAGGGAACCAGCAAGAGGAACCAGUCCAGGAGAAGAAGUCCGUCAGCGUUCGUCGCAGUGAAAGUGUGCAUAUAACCUCUACCUCCAAGCUAUCCUUAAAGCCUGUUUAUGAACCUAGUGGUGCUAAGUCUCAGGAGAGACGUACAACUCGCAAUACUACUCAGAAGGUGCAAGAGGAGGGCAUUAAAACCACCACCAAGCAGCCACAGAAUACUCCUCCCCCCAGUCAAACAGGCACCGGGGAUAUCCAGAAAGAAAAGACACCUCUCACCAGCAAUAUCACAGCAAAAACUUUAACAGAGGGGACUUCAAGCAAUAAUGAGACUGAGAAGUCUCCUUCGCAAUCUAACACACCAAGCUCACAUACUCAAGUCGAUCCAAGGGAAUCGGGGAAAGCCUUGCAGAAAAAGCAGGCAUUGGUCAAAGACCAGGGAACCACAAAACCAAAUGAUCCACCAUGGAAAAAUAUUUCACUCAGACGAACAGAGAGUGCUCGUGUGACAAAUUAUGGCAGAGAAAAACCGCUAACUUGGAAAAGAGAUGCCAUGGAAAAAUCUGAAAAGACUGUUCCAAAGAUAGUUGUGGAAAACACAGACUCUGCAGACAAACCCACAGGAUGGAGACCUGUUGUCAUGGAAACAGGUACAGAGAAGAAAACAGUGAAUCUCCGAAGGUGUGAGAGUGCCAGGGUGGAAAACAAAAACAAUAUCGAUGUCAUAGCAAAGUUCCUGUCCAACUCUCAAAGCAAGGAAAAGCGCGACAUGAAUGACAAUAAAAUCACGUCCGUUGAAACUCCUGCAAGAGACAAUGCGGUGACAAAGUUGAAUUCUGAGAGCGCUGGGCUGAACAGAAGUCAGAGUAUGAGAAUGUUGUUUGAGAAUAUGGAGGCCAAGAAGAAUCAGAGUCCUGCCCCAGCAGCUGUAGUGGUGGUCCACAGGCGGGAUCAAGGACUGCGAAGGACGUCCAGCCUGAAGGUUCUUCCAGGAGAGAUGGAGUCCUUCAGGGCGGAACACAAAGCCAGGGAAGAAGCAUCCAAGUUCUCACGGUACCCAAAUACUUCUGUUACCAUGGCAUCCUACGACACGAUAGAAGAUGAGGAUGAACUUCACAAGUUGCUCAGCAAAUCUGAGAACUUUGAAGAGAGGAAGAAGAUCCGAGCUCGUAUGAAGGAAAUCAGAGAGAAAAAACAGAAGGAUUGGGAGGCUAAGCGACUGCAGAGAGAAAAAGAAUCUGGCGAUCUCGUGAAAAAGAAGUUUGAACUAGCAGAGAAAGAGAAAGAAAAAUUCCUGAAAACAUUUGAACAAACGGCAAAAGAGGCGUCAGCAGAGCGGGAGAGAAUUCUCCAGAAAGGUGAAGAUAUUCUCAAGGACAAAGUGAAGCACGCGGAUGAGGACAAGAGGCGGACAUUAGAGACGUUUGACAAGUUAGCCAAGCAUGACGACAAAAAAGUACAGAAGACGCCAGAUGGAGUCAUUCGGACCACAAUAAUCAAAGAUUCAAUAUUAACCCCUGGAGAUUCCUCCAAGUACAUCUCAGAAGAAGCAGCCACAUUUUUGACCAAUCAGCUGAUCAAUACCUUAUCCCCCGUAACCAGUGGCAACAUAACCAUCAAAACUGAGUCCUGGAACAGCCGAGAUGGCGUCACAAACACGACCCAGAAAUCGCAGUCAUGGGGAGCCAAACCAUCUGGGCCCCAAGGAGCGAAGGCCAUGUUCCAGAAGAUGGACAAUGCCGCACCCAAACCAAACGGUCUGUUAGCUGUGUCAUACGCCAAAAAAGCAGCCACCACACUGCGGCGAAAUGCUGCCGCAAUCAAGCAGGAAAUCCUCAAGUUCUGCCAAAGGAACACCAUGGACUACGAGAACGUGGAGAUCACGAACUUCUCCAGCAGCUGGAACAAUGGCAUGGCCUUCUGCGCCCUGAUCCACCACUUCUACCCCGAGUCCUUUGACUUCAGCUCCCUGGACCCAAAGAAGAGGAGAUACAACUUUACCCUAGCCUUCGACACCGCAGAGAAAUAUGCUGACAUAGCGCCAUUACUGGAUGUAGAGGACAUGGUGAAAAUGCAGAAACCUGACUGGAAGUGCGUCUUUACCUACGUGCAAAGUUUCUACCGAAAGCUGAACUCGCACGAACGCAACAAAACGAUAACAGGUGGCGAGUGACCGCAACACAAAGCAAUAGACCACAGCAACCCUGUAAAUAGUCUCCGGGAAUAAACUAUAUUUUUAUUUUUGAUUAAUUUCAUUUAUUUUUAUCGAUAGUAGAAAUCCACAUUUCACUCUUAUUUUCUUCUGAUGCCAAGUUCAGUUUGUGUUCAGUUUCUCGGCUCCGUGGUUACUUACCUCUCUAGCGAUGUUAACCACUGUACUAAUUGAAAUAGAGUCACACGUGCCAAUAAUAUUAGAUGUUUUCUCAAUGGAUAUGUAUGUCUGCCUCUGUUAUGUACAAUUAACGAUUCGAUAGGUUGUAUAGAAUUUUUUACCUCUAUAUCCUUACAAAGUGCACUAUUUUUCAUUGGAUUAAUAUGACUAUAUAGCAAUAAAUCUAUGAUAUUAUAUCAAUAUUAAUGUGUUUGGUAGUGAUAUUAUUGUUGGAAAUCCAGUGUUGGAUAACUAUCGUUGUUUAUGUGUGUGCUGCAAUAUGCAUUGUUUAUUUUUGUUGUUGUAGGUUAAACACAAAAAAACGUUUAUGUGCGUAGAACGUCACUGUUUUCUGCGCAGGUUCAUUCGUUACCUUAGAAACAUUAUGUAUAACUCUGCCAAAGCUUAUAUACAUCUGGAAAAAGACAAUUUAUACAUGUCAUAAGAUGAUACAUGUAAUUCUAAAAUUAAAAACAAAUAAAACUCG